AUGAGCGGAACCGACAUCCCCAAGGAACAGUGGGCGCAGGUGGUGGAGAAGACCGGCGGCCCCGUCAGCUACAAGCAGAUCCCCGUACCACAGCCCGGGCCAGAUGAGGUCCUCAUCAACGUUAAGUACUCCGGCGUCUGCCACACGGACCUGCACGCCAUGAAGGGCGACUGGCCAAUCCCGAUCAAGAUGCCCCUGGUCGGCGGCCACGAAGGCGCCGGCAUCGUCGUCGCCCGCGGCGAGCUCGUCAAGGACAUCGAGCUUGGCGAGCAGGUCGGCAUCAAGUGGCUGCACGGGUCGUGUAUGAACUGCAGCUUCUGCCGCACUGCAGACGAGCCCCUAUGCCCCGAAGCACAACUCUCGGGCUACACAGUCGACGGCAGCUUCCAGCAAUACGCCAUCGGCAAAGCCGCGCAUGUGGCGCGCAUACCCAAGGAAUGCAGCCUUGAGUCCAUCGCGCCCAUCCUCUGCGCCGGACUGACGGUCUACAAGGGACUGAAAGAGUCCGGGGCGCGCGCCGGACAGGAAGUCGCCAUCGUGGGCGCUGGCGGCGGCCUCGGAAGCAUGGCCAUACAGUACGCUAAGGCCAUGGGCUUUCACACCAUCGCCAUCGACGGCGGCGCCGAGAAGGAGCAGAUGUGCAAGGAGCUGGGCGCGGCCGCGUACGUCGACUUCAAGUCGUCCAAAAACGUCGUCGAGGACGUGAAGAAGGCGUCGUUUGACGGCCUGGGCCCGCAGGCCGUGCUGCUGCUCGCUGUGAGCGAGGGGCCGUUCCAGCAGGCGAGUCAUUAUGUCCGGAGUCGCGGCACUAUUGUGUGCGUCGGUCUGCCUGCCAACGCGUUUUUGAAGGCGCCGGUAUUUGAUACUGUGACUCGCAUGAUCAACAUCAAGGGCAGCUACGUCGGCAACCGCCAGGACACCGCCGAAGCUAUCGACUUCUUCAGGAGGGGCCUGAUCAAGGCGCCGUACAAGGUGAUUGGUCUCAGCAAGCUUCAAGACGUGUUCCACUUGAUGGAGGAAGGCAAGAUCGCUGGGAGAUAUGUGGUCGACACAAGCAAAUAA